GGCGCCGGGGGCUGCGCUGGCGUGGGGCUCUCCCCCUGCUCCUGGUUGUGCUUGCUUGGCAGGGUCUCUUGUUCUGAAAGGAGAAAUUUCUGCAUGGGAAAAGGCUGGUCAGGCAUUGGAAGGGCUGCCCAGGGAGGUGGUGGUGUCACUGUCCUGGGAGGUGUCCAAGGAGGGAUGGACAUGGCACUCGGUGCUCUGGGCUGGGCGUUGGUCAGAGGUUGGAUUUGAUGGCUUGGAGGGUGUUUCCAGCCUGAUUCCCAGGUGCCCUGUGCCAGGCCAGGGCCAGCUGGGCGCUUGGUGCUGCAUUUCUGUGCCACAGGCACGGGGAGAUCUGGGCUGGGUGGGACGGGCAGGCGCUGCCAGCUCUCUGUUCUCACUGCAGGGCACAAAUGGGGUGUCCAGCCCAGCCAAGAACCCAAAUCUGCCCCAGCUAAUGACCCGGCAGAGCAAUUAGCAGGCGGCAGGACUCCUGGCACACAGGGGGAGCAGGGGGGCUGUGCUCUGCUGCUCUCCACGCCAGGAGCUGCCUGGGAGCAGGCUGCCCAUCCCUCAUUAGAGCUGCCUCCCAGCCAGGAAGGAGGAAGCGAUUUUUCAGCGACAGGCAGGUGGCCAGGAUGAUAAAUAUUCCUGCUGCCUCGGGCUGCCCAGCCUUCCUCGCAGGAGCCUUUUCCUCCCGGCCAUUAGAGAGGGACGGGCUCAGCUCUGGGGGGAGGCCUGGGCUGGGGCUGGUCCCCUCCUUCCCUCCCUCCCCCAGCAGUGUGUGAGUUGCUGUAAUAGCCCAUUUAUUAUUAUCACCUCGGAUUUCUGUCCCCAGCACACCUCAAGGCCCCGGUUCCAUUCCCGGAGCUGCUUUCUGGGGCUGUGGCUCGAUGACCUCAUCUCCUCAAGGUUUCAGCCUCCUCCUCCUCCUCCUCCUCCUCCUCCUGCAGCCCCGUCCUUUGGAAGAGGUGAAGGAUGGAGUGCAGGAGGCUGAAAUCCCUCCAUCGAUCCCAGAGCCAUUCCCACAGCCGUGUGCUGACCCCAGCCCUGCCAGGAGCGUGCCCAGGGCACGGGGAAGGGGCUGGACGUGGCAGUGGGGGCAGAGCCGAGCCCAGGGUGGGGGGCUGGCUGCCAGGGGUGGCACUGUAUGCCCAGCUGGCCCCGAGCUGUCCCCUGUGGUGCCAGGAGCUCGGGCAGUGCCGUGCCCGCCCGCAGAGCCGCUCCUGCCCAGCCCUGGCAGCACCUGCAGCCCCUGCAGCCCCUGCAGCCCCUGCAGCCCCUGCAGCCCCUGCAGCAGCGGGGUCUCGGGGGUCUCGGGAGGAGCCGGGGGAUUAUGACUGGGCUGUGCCCGGUGCCUGGGCCGUGCUGGGACACCUGUCCUGGCACGAUGGAUUCCUUCCAGCCCCGCACGCCGGGCCCCAGCUGCCGGAGCGCUCCCCAAUCCAUUAGCAGCCCGCGGGAGCACCAUCCAUCAGCCAGGCAGGCCUGGGGGGGGCUGCUGCCCUCCGGGGCUCCUCGCAGAGCUGACACGUCCUUAUUGGCAUGGAAGGUGCAGCCCCACGGCCGCCUGGCACCCAUUUGUUCUCAUUGUCCCGGCUGCCAGACUGAGCGUGUCCUGCCAGAGGGGCACAGGAGGCAGGGCAGGAGCCCCUCAGCCCCGGGGAGCUCAGGGCGGGCAGUGCUGGGGCUGCUCCAGGCACACGGAGGGGAAGCAGCCCCAGAAACCCCCCCAGGGUCAUGGCUGGGCUGGCAGGGGGCACAGCUGGACACCAGCCUGGCUGAAGGUACCCAGGGGGGACCUGGGAAAGGUCUGGUGAGGGUCUGAGGGGUCUGGGUGGGAACAGAGUGCUGGCAAGGAGGGCCCCAGAGGUGUGAGGAGGAGGAGCAGCCCUGUCCCUGCUGCAGAGCUGGCAGAGGCAGCAGCCAGCACAGAACCCAGGAGGGGUCGGGCUGGGGGGACCACUGGGGCUCCUCUGGUCCAGCCCCUCCUGCAGGAUCUCCUGAGAGCCCCUCGGGGUUGUGGGGAGCCUUGGAGAGCUGCAGCCGAGCCAGGCUGGCUCUGGGGCUGCCCCUGCCCAAACUGAGGGGUGCAGGGACAGCCAGGGGAGCAGGAGUUUGGGAAGGGAAAUGUCUGGAAAUGAUUGCAGAGCCUCUGCCUGCUCCCUGUGCAGGCUCUGCUGGAUUAAAGCAUCUCCUUGGCACCAUCACUUCCCGUGCAGACCCCGAGCUUUUCCUGCUUCCCUGCACGUGCUGGAGGCUUUGCAGGGAGGGUGUGGGGUUCUGCUGUGUGGCUCUGCUCCUUUCCCUGCCUGUUCCCUCAGCCAGGGCUAUUCCCCAGGGAACUGGCUGCUCCCUGGCCUCCCUGUUUUGUUUUAUCCAUUUUUCCCAUGCCAGUCCAUGGCUGUCCCAGCUGCUGUGGGCAGGAGCAGGGGUUAUAUCCAUCAGAUCCUCCAGGGAAAAGCCCCAAGCCCACAGGACAGAUGAUUUUGUCGUGACAGGCUCCUGGGAGAAAUACUUUUCUCCUGGCAAUUCCAUUCUCCAUGCUCUGAGCAGAGCAGCUCGUACCCCUCAUAAACUCCUUCCCCGCCUGAGAAUCCUGGGUGUUCUCAUCCCUGUGAAUGUCCUUGUGCUCUCCUGGUCUGAGCACCCACAGCAGCCAGUUCCAGGGCUUGAGUGGCUUUUCCCUACCCUGAAGAGGUGUUUCGUGGAAUUUGGUUUGUUCUGUGUCCUCGCCCUGAGUUACCUGAGGUGCUUCUCUCCCCAUUUCCAUUCCCUGUGCCUCUCCCUGGGAUUUCUCGGAGGGUUCUGUCAGGCUGCAGGGCCAGGGGGGCUCCCCCAGCCCUGGGAGCCUGUCACCCUCCCUGGGAGCCUGUCACCCUCCGUGUGGCAGCCACAGGGCUGGCACCGAGUCGCUCUCGCCUUUCGGGGAGCUGACGGUGGCAGGGCAGGACCAGCCCCAUCCCUGCUCCUGCUGCCCACACCAUUCCUGAUCCAGGCCGGGGGCUGCUGGCCUUCGUGGCAGCCACUGUCACUGUCCACCCAGGUCCCUGUCUGCCUGGGCACUGCCCAGCUGGCACUGCCACAGCUGCUGUGAGCACGCAGCAUUCCCAGCCCAAUUCCCAGCAGCUCAGGGACAUUCCCAGCCCAAUUCCCAGCAGCUCAGGGACACUCCCAGCCCAAUUCCCAGCAGCUCGGGGACAUUCCCAGCCCCAUUCCCAGCAGCUCAGGGUGGAACAGGAGCCCCUGGGGCAGGCAGAGCUCCCUGCUCUGCGCUGUCUGUGCAGAAACUCCUGCAGGCUCCCCCGGCCCUGCUUCCCCCGCAGCUGAGGAGCAUUAGGCACAUGAAAUGCAUUAGCUGGGAUUUUUCCUGCCCUCCCCCAGCCGGGGACCUCCAGGAGGAAGAGGCCGAUGAAUUGACCCUGCCCAGCGCUCUAAUUGACAGGUCAUUAAAGAUGGAUGUGUGGCUAGAGAGAAAUAUUCAGAUUGCAGGCUGGUUGUUGUCCGUGUGGGAUUUUAAUGAUUUAUGUUCCUUUCUCCUCCCCUCCUUCCCACCCCUCUGGCUCCAAACA